AUGCCAACCGGAGGCUGCCUUUGCGGUGAACUGAAGUAUGAGUAUACCGGUGAGCCCGUCAUGAAGGCGAUAUGCCACUGCAUAACUUGUCGACACGUUAGUGGCAGUGUGUUCACGACCAAUAUCGUUGUUCCAGAGGGGAAUUUCAAGAUCACGGCCGGAGCGCCCAAGACAUAUGCAACGACUCAGGAUAGCGGCAUGAUCUUGACGUAUUCUUUCUGUGCUAAUUGUGGGUGUGUUAUCAACAAGGUCGGGGAUGCUGAGGGUUUUCGCGGUGUGGUACUCAUCGUGGCUGGUUCUCUUGACGAUACCUCCGGAGUUGAGACAGCAGAGCCGGGUGUGGAGUUUUAUAGUGCGGGCAUCACCUACGAAGAACUUAUUGAGCUGCUCCUCGAGACUCCCAAUGAGGACAAGGCACGCUCAUGGAGCGAGUAUUAUACGUCGGGUCCUCAUCUUGCAGGCAAGAACUUGAGUCAAGCUCUGUGGACAAGAGAGAGAUGGGAAGAGUUCGGUGUCAAGUCGGAUAUUGUCGCCUACGACGUGUUUAUCAAUUACCCGAUUGACCAUCGGCUGGCCUUGCUAGACGGGCACAAGGUCAAGUAUGAAUGCAGCCUGGAAGAAGAUGUCAUCGACGAGGAUCCAACAACUUCAUUGCAAGAUCGUGUUCCAACAUUCCACGGCUACUCGGCCAGUGGCAAUGUUACUGCCCCAUAUGUGUAUGUCAAUUUCGGCACAUAUCAAGACUUCGAAGAUCUACGAGCUGCGAAUAUUACCUUGGAGGGGAAGAUUGCCCUGGCCAAAUACGGCCGCAUCUUCCGUGGGCUCAAGGUGAAAAGGGCUCAGGAGUUAGGUAUGGUCGGAGUAGUCAUGUACUCUGAUCCGCAGGAGGACGGCGAUGUUACAGAGGAGAAUGGAUACAAGACCUACCCAGAUGGACCGGCUAGAAAUCCGAGCAGCGUGCAAAGAGGCAGUACGCAAUACAUCAGCACACUCCCCGGCGAUCCAACAACACCUGGUUAUCCCUCCAAACCAGGUGUGCCUCGUGUCGAUCCCCAUGGCUCCACUCCUCGCAUCCCAUCGCUGCCCAUUUCUUACGCCGAUGCCCUCCCUCUCCUCAAAGCUUUGAACGGGCAUGGACCCAACGCAAGCUCGUUUGACAAGGCCUGGCAUGGCGGAGGUCUGGCUUACAAGGGUGUUGAAUACAACAUCGGCCCGUCACCAGACUCCGUUGUCCUCAACUUGAUAAAUGAGCAGGAAUAUGUUACCACGCCACUGUGGAAUGUUAUUGGUAUAAUCAAUGGCACAGCAAAGGAUGAAGUAAUCGUCGUUGGAAAUCAUCGAGACGCCUGGAUCGCAGGAGGCGCAGGAGAUCCCAACUCCGGCUCGGCAGCACUGAAUGAAGUUAUUCGGUCGUUCGGAGAAGCGCUCAAGGCUGGAUGGAAGCCGCUCCGAACAAUUGUCUUUGCGAGCUGGGAUGGCGAAGAGUAUGGCCUUGUCGGUUCGACGGAAUGGGUCGAGGAAUACCUACCGUGGCUUUCUAGCAGCACUGUCGCCUAUCUAAAUGUGGAUGUGGGGGCGCGCGGUACACACUUUGAAGCUGCUGCAUCUCCAUUGUUGAACAAACUCUUGUACGCGGCAACCGACUCGGUGCCAUCACCUAACCAGACCACCAAAGGACAGUCAGUCGGUGAUGUUUGGGAUGGUCAUAUACGCACGAUGGGAUCUGGCAGUGACUUUACGGCCUUCCAGGACUUUGCCGGCAUCCCAUCGCUUGACCUCGGGUUUGGGAAUGGUCCGAAAGACGCUGUUUAUCAUUACCACUCAAACUAUGACUCUUUCCAUUGGAUGGACUCUUAUGGGGACAAUGGUUGGCACUACCAUGCCACCGUGGCCAAAAUAAUAGCACUAUUGACCGCGCAGUUGAGCGAGACUCCUGUCUUGUCCUUGAGCGCUCAAGACUACGCCAAAGGUCUCAGUGUCUAUUUAGACGAUGUCAAAGAGAGAUCCAAACCGCACUUGGAAGGGUCGAGCUUCAGCUUCCGGGCGCUUGACAAUGCUACAGCAGAAUUUGGCAAAGCUGCCACGAAAUUCGAUGAAUAUACCACCGACUUGACAAAAAAGCUCGCGGAGGACGUGCCGUGGUGGGAUUGGUGGAAGAAGGUGAGGCUCUUCUACGAAGUGCGGAAUGCAAACGAGAAAUAUAAAACACUGGAGCGUCAGUUUCUCUUUGCUGGCGGUCUAGACAACAGGUCUUGGUUCAAGCAUGUCGUCUUCGCCCCUGGCCGGUGGACUGGUUAUGCGGGUGCUACCUAUCCAGGCCUCGUUGAGAGCUUCGAAGACAAGAAUAUCACAAAUGCAAAGAGAUGGAGCGCAAUCAUUGAAGAGAGACUAGAGGCAGCCACAAAUCUUUUGGGAUAA